UCUCUUCCAUCAGCACUUCAAAGCUUGAGAUCGAUCUUCUCAUUCUUUUUCCACACUUUGAGAUCUACGUACCAACGAAUAUAUAAUUACUUCCACAUUGUGCUUGAAAAGCAGCUGAAAAUGGGCAAGAAGAAUGUUGAUGUGGGUCGCAGAGCAUGGAACAUCCUGCGUUUUGCAUUGUUAUGGGCACGAAAGGGCGGCGUGUUCAAACGCCGGUUAAUCACGGAGCUCCGACUCCUGCCCAAGUACGUUCGAGGCCUCGGCGCCGGCGCUCGGCACGAUCAAAUCCAUUACGGGGAGCGCGAGCUGUCCUUCGACAAGACCCCGAUUUUCCACGUCAAAAUGCACCGGCCGGCGUCCAUGCGGUUCCACCUGCCUUGCAUAACCCCACAAGUUGAUUUCGACUAUGAUUCCGACGAUGAAGUUUUUGGGUAUGAAUACGAUAGCGGGAGGAAGAGUUUUCUGAACGGCGGCGAAGAAGAAGAAGAAGAAGAAGAAGAAGAAGAAGAAGUGGCUGCGUGUGAGGAAGAAGGGAUUGAUUUGAGAGCGGAAGAGUUCAUUGCUAAAUUCCAUGAGCAUUUAAAGCUGCAGAGACAGAUUUCAUUUUUGCAGUACAAUAAUGAGAUGCAAAAUAGAGGCCACCGCACAGGUUGAUCGGAAUUCGUGAUUCUUGGUACCGGGUUUUGCAGUUUCUAUAUAUAUAUAUAUAUGGUAUGAUACUUGAUUCAUUGAAAGAGAUACGUACAUUGCGGCAUUCUGAAAUAACUGAAGAGUUUUGAGUGUUUACAGAUUUAUAUGUAAACACUAGAGUUUGAUUCAUAAAUCAUAGCACGAGCUUGUUUUCAA